UUCCACCUAGGUAAGCUUGUCUUUACUGGUACCAACAAGUAGUGAAGGGCAGGCAGUCUCUUGGACAUGAUUUACGCAAUUUUUAUCUUCAAUAAUAAAGGGAAACCUAGACUGACAAAGUUUUAUACUCCAAUUGAAGAAUCGGAUCAACAAAGGUUACUUGGCGAAAUUUAUCAUUCAGUAUCCAACCGUACGGCUGCAUCGUGCAAUUUUCUUGAGAGCAGCUUGAUUGCUGGAAAAAACAGGAUUAUUUAUCGUCAAUAUGCCACUUUAUAUUUUGUGUUUGUGGUGGAUGAAGCAGAAAGCGAACUUGGGAUUUUAGAUCUCAUUCAGGUUUUUGUGGAAGCUUUAGACCGCUGCUUUAAUAACGUCUGUGAACUAGAUUUGGUGUUUAAGUUUCAGGAAAUUCAUGCAAUCCUUGCUGAAAUCGUUUCCGGUGGAUUGGUCUUAGAAACCAAUUUGAACGAAAUAGUUGCGGCUUGUAAAAACCAAAUGCCAAAAACAAAGCGACCUGGGGGACUAAACUUCGGUAAUACACUCAGUUCUUUCGCUACGAGAUUCUAAUGAACCUGUAAUCAUGUUUCUGAACGAUUUCUUCUUAUAGGAGCGGCUUCUGAAAUAGUAGGAAUUGGAAGUACUGGAUAGUUAUAAUCACCAAAAGGCAUACUCUUUGCCUGAGUAUAAAGCGGUUCUAUCUCGUCAUCUAUUUCAAAAUAUAUUCCUCCUUCAUAAUGCUGAGAUUCGCUGUACAAACCGGGGAUAGAGAAGUAAGUUUUACUUGACGCUGGGGAGUUGUUGUUGUUAAUUAAACGUACGCGUGAUUGAUCGUAUCGGGAAACCCAGUAUUUGCCCUGGCCACCUUGACUGUAACGCAAACCGCGGAUUGUUCGAUUUAAUCGUGCAUCAUGUCUUGAUGGGACUUGACAUUCAGCAGGUUCAAAAUUCUCAUAGACAUACCGAUCGCCCUGUAACGUUUGAAUGCUGUCGCACCAAACGUCUUUGAACCCAGCAACAUCUUUCCAGGCUUUUAUAAUCGGCAUCCUUGAACACGAUAUCCAUGAUGGCGUUAUAUAAUCUUUAAUACGAAAGGCAUGCCAAUGAGAUAACGCAAAGAAAGGCAUUUCUAAACACAUAAGGACAUUCUGGUCUAAUAAGAUAAAUAUCCCAUGGGUCUUUCGCAAAAUGCCAAGCCAGUUGGCUACGGACAAAAGGGUUUGUUGCCAAUAGGAGGCGAAAAUAAUAGCUUUUACAGAAAGAAAUUUCGGGACGGGUCGAAACGGAGCCAACUCCUCGUGCAAGCAAACCCAAAAUGUUGUUAAAGAAUAGAAAGAUAAAGUAAUCGAAAUAUUGUACAACAACCCAAUCCAUAAAGCAGCUGUAACAAAGACCG